GUCUCAUUGACUGAGUCUCUGUGUUCCUGAACAGCAGCUUCUCCUCAACGCUCUGCAAACAGUCCCAGGAUGCGUCUGCUGUUUUCUCUGAGUCUCCUAUUGGCUCUGCUGCAUGUGACCUCCUGUCUGCUGAUUGGAGCGUUCAACAUCAAACAGUUUGGAGACAAGAAGUCGUCCAACUCGACUCUGAUGGAACUCAUCAGCACGAUUGUCCAUCGCUAUGACAUCGUUCUGAUCCAGGAGGUCAGAGACAGCGAUCUGUCAGCAACCAAAAGACUCAUGGACCGUGUCAACAAAGCUUCUCUUCAGUACAAGUACAUCGUCAGUGAGCCUUUGGGUCGCAGCACCUAUAAGGAGCAAUACCUCUUCCUCUACAGGGAGCAGACGGUGUCCGUGGUUAAAAACUUCACCUACGAUGACAAGAUGGACGCCUUCAGCAGAGAGCCCUUCGUGGUCAUGUUCACCUCCAAACAGACGGCUGUGAAGGACUUUGUUCUGAUUCCUCAGCACACGUCUCCGGACUCGGCUGUAAAGGAAGUGAAUUCCCUCUUCGAUGUGGUGACUGAUGUCCGCGCUCGCUGGAACACCAAUAACAUCCUUCUGAUGGGCGACUUCAACGCCGGCUGCUCUUAUGUUUCCGGUGCCGACUGGCAGCAGAUCCGCCUCUUCACUGAUAAGAGUUUCCAUUGGCUGAUCAAAGACGAUGUUGACACUACGGUCUCAGAGAACACACACUGCCCUUACGACAGGAUCGUGGUCACAGCUGACAUGAACAAAGGAGUGGUUUCCAGCAGCGCUAAGCUCUACAACUACAUGCUGGACCUGAAACUCAGCCACAGUCUGGCGUCGGGUGUGAGUGAUCAUUACCCUGUGGAGGUGCAGCUGUCCUGAGACCCAAGAACCGCUCCAAAUACCUCCAGGAUGAAUUUAUAUUAGGAUUACUCUAAUUUCGGCAACCAUGCAUCUUUGAAUUUACCAAAAAUAAACAAAUUUGCUGAUUAUUUCAA